UAGAUGCGGGCCGCAUGAAUGGAGCCCCGGGGCGUAAGGCAAAGCCUGGCACCGUCCGCGCGGCCGGUACCUGCUCCCGGAGCGUGAGUGCGAAGUGCGGGACGUGCGCGUGCGCGCUCGGAGAGGGCUCGAGGAGCGUGCGCCGUGCUGCUGCUGGCGCUUGGCUGCUGAGAUUGGAGGCUGCGGUGGCAGCGCCGCGCGCCCGACUGGCCAGUAGUUGCGGGGCCUCCCGCCUCGCCGGGAGCCGCGGGCAGCCGUGGCGGCCGCCGGGGACCGCAAGGGGCGGAGGAAAGGAGGGGGCCGGCCCCGGCACGCGGAGGAACAGCCGAGCAUGCCCCGAGACAACAUGGCCUCCCUGAUCCAACGGAUCGCCCGCCAGGCGUGCCUCACCUUCCGGGGCCGUGGGGGUGGCCGCAGAGCUUCCGACCGCGGCGCGGCGUCUGUCCCCGAGGCGCAGAUGCUGCCGGGCUUCCCGGAGAACCUGAGCAAGCUGAAGAGCCUGCUGACCCAGAUCCGCGCCGAGGACCUGAACAUCGCCCCGCGCAAGGCCACCCUGCAGCCUCUGCAGCCCAACCGGCCGCCCGUCACCUACAUGCACAUAUACGAGACGGACGGCUUCAGCCUCGGCGUGUUCCUGCUCAAGAGCGGUACGUCCAUCCCGCUGCACGACCACCCGGGCAUGCACGGCAUGCUCAAGGUGCUCUACGGCACCGUGCGCAUCAGCUGCAUGGACAAGCUGGAGGCGGGCGGAGGACAGCGGCCGCGGGCCCCGCCGCCGGAGCAGCAGUUCGAGCCGCCGCUGCAGGCCCGAGAGCGGGAUGCUGUGCGGCCGGGCGUGCUGCGCUCGCGGGCCGAGUACACCGAGGCCAGUGGCCCCUGCGUCCUCACGCCGUACCGGGACAACCUGCACCAGAUCGACGCUGUGGACGGACCCGCCGCCUUCCUGGACAUCCUGGCCCCGCCCUACGACCCGGACGAAGGCCGGGAUUGCCACUAUUACCGGGUGCUGGAGCCCGUCAGGCCCAAGGAGGCCUCCGGCUCUGCCUGUGACCUGCCCCGAGAGGUGUGGCUCCUGGAGACCCCUCAGGCCGAUGACUUCUGGUGCGAGGGAGAGCCCUAUCCAGGACCCAAAGUCUUCCCUUGAAGCAGCAGGCUCCUGGGAGCGGUGGGCCGAAGACAUGCCCUACCUUGAUCCGGGCCUGGCUGCCUCGCUCCACCACAAGGGCUGUCUCUCUGCCCCCUAGCCUGGGCGUUGGAUCUACUGGAAUGAGCAAUAGCAGCUUGCUCGGCAGCCUUGGGAAGCACGGGCGACUGGACAGCAGCCACCGGGCACGGUUAUGGGGGCGGGGUGGGCGGGGUGGCUAGGUUGUUUCCUGGUACUGUCACUGCCACCAGGGCUUUGAUUUGGGUGAGUGGGGCAAGGGACUAUCUGAAGCGCUUCCAUCAUAAAGCCAUAAUGAAAAUAUUCUUCCUCUGUUCCCCAUUCUAUAAAGAAUAUAUUAGUUUUCUUUUCUUUCUCCCCUUCAGUAAAUAGAGUUUGUUUUUCAUUCAUGCCCUUAUGCCCUUUUAUUCAUUAUUAUUAACUUAUUACUGACUCUGCAUGACCCAGUGGUUUGAAUUGUUUUUAAUUCAAGUCAUUGGUAAAAACUAGGUUUAAAGAGAUAAGCCACUGUUUAAAGUGAGCUGUCCUGCCUAAUUAAUUCGUUGUGAAAAUUAAAUGAUAAAUCAGAGUUUGGGGAGCACCCCCAAAACAUAACUAUGCAUGUAACAGACAAGAUUUAUUUUCUUUCGUCUCCUUGCCCAGUAGUCACAUUUGGUUUACUCAGCAUCUACUAAGAAUUUCAGCACCUGCAUAUCUCAGUGGCAAAUAGUCACUUAGACUUUAUCUGCCCCCUGAAUCAACAGAUCUGUGAGUUGAGCAGAUUUGUUGUUGAAGAUUCACCUUUAAUGCAAAGACUCUAUUAUCCUCAAGGGACUUUUUUUUUCUAUUUUUACUGUACUUUAAGAGGUAUUAGGGUAAUUUUAUAUUUUCUAACCAGGAAAUUCGGAGGAGCUGAAUCGGUUUUGCUUCCAAACAACUGAAUGUAAAACACCCCUAACCAUCUGUUGAAUUCUUCCGUACCCCUAUAUACUUCCAAUAUUUUCCUGUAAAAGUAGAGAAACAUUAUUAUGUUGGUGACUAUUUCCCAUCCUCUCAGGAAUGCUAGUUCCAGAGGGCUGGUGGUUCCAGCUGUGUUGCUGGCAGUGUUACCUCAACCCUCUCCCUCAAACAGGAGAGAGUGAGAGCUUGCUUCACCUAACGUGGUUUUCUGUAGGAAGAGUCAGAAGGCACAGAUGUUCAAGGCUAGAGAAUUGAGAAUUAACUAUAUUACUAGCUAUUUUAAAGCAGCAAAACUUGGGAUUAAACACUUCCCACUCCCAACUGUAGAAAUGAAUAGUUGUGCUAUCUUUGUCUAGUUUUUGUCCUUUUAAUAGGCUGAGCAACUUUACCUUCUUUACAAAUGUACUGACACCAUUUGCUUCAGGCUAUGGAGCACUAUUGUUUCCCCCUUUACUAUUUAUAUAAUUCCGUUUUGCACAAAACUUUUAAUAAAUAAAAACAAGCUGUAGAAAUAAACACAUUAAAAUUUGCCCAGCUGUCGUCUAAGCCCUUUUGAUUGACUUGCCCAUGUGGCAAUAGAGUUCUAAUAUCUGUAAUAAAGGGAGAUUUUGCUAUUGGUGGAAAGUGUUUAUGGCCCUGUAGGGAAACAGUGUGUGCCUUUACCUCUUUAUACAUGCUGAGUUACAGAGACCCAGGGUGAAGGAAUAUUUGUUUCCAAUUUUUAAAAUAAUAUGAAAAAGCAAAAUUUUGAUGAGUGAUCUUUUUGUUUGUUUAAACAAAAAAGAUGCGUAUUCAGCACAACAUGCCACUAUGUUGUAAACCUCACAUAAUACCAAGCAUUUCCUCCAGGAUUACUAAAAUUGUUUUAUGGUACCUUCACAUUCUGGUAUGGUUUAAUAUGCCUUGGGGGUAGUUUGAAGCAGUUCUUCAUGCCACUCAGUUUGAAAAUAAAUUUUAGAUAUGCAAAUGGUGAUUUUCUUAGAAAAGUUCACAAAGUAAUUUUUCAUAGUGUGGUAAUGAAUAUGUGUAGUUAUCAAUCCAAUACUUUUUAAAAAUUAUAUUGUAGCAGAAAGUUGAUUAACUUAGAAAGAUUGUUGAUAGUGAUGUACUGGUUAUAAUAGAACCUGGAGUACAUUAAACUAACCUACAAAACUUAUCUUGGCAAUAGGACAGUAAUAAAGGAAUUAUUAUGAGAGACUUAAUUACGAAAAAAGUUUUAAAGAUCUUAAUUACAAGCAAUUUAGAAGAAAAAAAACUAAUGUGCCUUACCAAAGAAUAGCUGAAAUUGUUUUAGGCCAAAACAGCAAUAUAGCUCUGUAACUUAGUUUAAUAAGAACAGUGAGACUUUUGGUUCACUAAUAAAUUCUGACUAAGUUAAUAGUGAAUACUAAAUGUAAUUUGUUUUAGUGAACUACUAAGGAAAAAAUAUGUUCAUUACAAAGACAAAAUGUGUGCAGUAAAACCUUGCACCUGUCUGCAUAAACUUCCUUACGACUGACUUCAUGUGCUGCUAUUGUUUCUAUAAUGUCCUCAAUAUAGAUUAUGUUUUAGUAACAAUUGUGGGAUAAAAGUUAUCUUCCCCUAGGAAAAACUAAUGAGCACAAUGAUAUCAGUCACUUUUUCUCUUGUAUACUAAAUGCAAUAAUUGUCUCUCAUGGGUGAGUUAUUGUCUGUCUAAAUACUUCUAAAGCUUUUUAAAUUCUCUGGUAGACCAAUGGCCAGUUAUAUCAAUGCAGAGUAUUGUGUACCUGUGUACUACUUUAUGAGAAUUGUUUUUUACUAAGCCUGAUUUGCAUAGAUUGAAUUUACACCAACUGUUGUUUGUUAAUGAAAAUGGUGGCCUGAUUUUUAAGUAAUGUGUUUUGUCAAUACGAGUGAGUCCUCUGAGCUUUUAACACUAAUAGCCCUUCUGGCAAUAUCCACACCUUUUAUUCCUACUUUUUAUUGUCUCCUUGUAGGUGCCUCAGUCUUGGCAUCUCGGAGGACUUUGUCAUCAGUCAUCUAUUCCAAAUGAUUCUGAAUGUUGUGCUCUAGCUCUACUGCCCAACCAAAAAGCAAUACAUCUUUAAUUCAGGGCUCUGCCCAUUGCUAUUCUAGUCUAACCUGAGGGCAGUGCUACUACCCCUGUAAUUGUGCUGGUCUAAAUUCAGAACUUACAGUUAUGCAGCAGCUGGCCCACUGAUUACUUCCAUUGUAAAGAGGUAUCUACUGUUAAAGAAGGAAACCAUUUGUUAAGCCUCAUAUAGAUACUGAGUCUUCAGAUCCAGGAUGUUUACAUUUCUGGAUUAAAGUCACUGUAUUUAUGGAAAAUAAAGGCAUGUUUAAAAUA